AUGGGUACGUCGGGCCUCCAACCCAAAGCAUUGCCAUCGAGAUAUAACCUUCCCUGUGCUGUGGUCUCACCCAUGAUGAAAUCAGAUGGGAAGGAGAAUGACAAUCAGGAGGUGGAGAUGCCAAAUGAAGUGGUGCGUUCAAUGGAGGAGUGGCACCCGACCAGACAGGAGAACGUACCACCCCCCAGAAGGGUGGCCAAGAAGCUUUCGGCCCAGCGAAAGAGUGCCCAGCAUCGGCUUAUGGCCAAAAGCUAUGCAGAGAAGGUUGCCACCGCCUUGGCCAGCAAAGAUGAACCCCCUCCUGGAAAGAAACAGAAAAUGUCUAACCAUCGGGAAAACCUGGGGCAAAUUGAUCUGAACAUAAACAUCCCGCCAGAGAACGCACAAGACCCUGUCACACCCGGUGCGCACAAGACGAGAGGUCCCUCCACUAAAGGGAAGUCCACCGAGGAACUGGAAUUGGAGAAGAUGCAGCAAUUACAACAGGAAGUGGCGGAACUGCGGAGGAAGAACGAGGAGUCUCUCAAAGUGGCCAUUGCUGGACCAGGGCAACCCAUGAAGACGAGCAGCCACAUUACCAAGCCAAUGGAUUUCCACUUCUGUACCGACGAGCGGCUCAAGCAGCACGGUGAAAGCCAGCCGGCCACGGAAUAUAAGGAGGUGGAUUUCAAAGCCGCCCUAAGAAAACACCCGCCGUCUCCGUCCCGGGCGAGCAAGGGACCCACCAUCCCGAAGCCGUUCAACCUCUCCUGCGGUAAAAAACGGAAACUGGACGAGGCCCCCACCGAAUACAUCCCGCUGGCCCAACAGGUGGAAAACUUCCAGAAACGCACCCCUCAGAGGUACCACCUGCGGAACCGGAAGGAGGAAGAAGGUCCAAGCAGGCCUUUAAAACCCCAACUGACCAACCCCAAAACUCCCUGCUUGGAAACCAAGCGCCGUUUGAGACCCCCCUCUUGCAAGAGCGCGGCUGAGCUGGAAAACGAGGAAAUCGCAAAGCUCCAACAGUACCGAUUCAAGGCUCAGGAACUCAACCACCGCAUCUUGGAGGGCGGCCCCCUCCUGCCCAAGAAGCCCCCCAUGAAAGAGCUGACCAAGCCCAUCGGCUUCAACCUGGAAAUCGAGAAGCGGAUUCAGGAGCGGGAGACCAAGAAGGUCCAGGAAGAGGAGCCCUUCGAAUUCCAUUCGAGGCCCUGCCCAACCCGGAUCUUGGAAGACGUGGUGGUAAUUGUGGGGUGGGCUUCUUCCCCUCUUUCCCAGAAAGGUUUGACACCUGAAUCGUGUGGGAAACAG